CAAUGUAACGAAAGUAAAGAAAACAUAUGAAGCGUAGUUCUAUAAAGUCUACAGGACAGCUCCGAAACAAGUUACGGGUACCGGGUAGAUGACGGCGCACGGCGACGGCGUGGUGGUGGAUAGAAGGCGUUAUAGUGAUGCACGUGACCUGUGUGGCGGCAUGAGGCAGGCAGGUAGACGAGGCAGUGCUGAGUGCCGCUCACUGCAUGUAAGAAGAGCAAACUAAAAGCCACUCACCGAGGACGCGUUUCAAAGCCCAUCUGAACCAAACAAGACAAAUCCGCACAUGUAAGAAGAGCAAACUAAAAGCCACUCACCGAGGACGCGUUUCAAAGCCCAUCUGAACCAAACAAGACAAAUCCGACACUUAGUGAUUUAUUGACUAUAUAAUGACAUGGAGAAACUGCCUCGAGGCAGCAAACGCUAGAGUCCAUGCCGGAUCUCGAUGGAGAUUAUAAGCAUAUGCAGAUACAGGCAUGAGUUUAACAAGCUUCAACCGACCGGCUCCUGAAGCCACCGCAAGGGAAGAACGACGUCCUAUCAUGCAACAAAACGGUGGUAGACCUCUGGCGCCCAUUGGAUCCGGCAUGGAGAUGGCGACAAACUAUAACAGUACAGCAGACACAACCCAGCCACUGGAAGGACAGGAGGCGGCGCUUCCUUCCAUGCCGCAGCCCAAGCGGCAUAACGACACCGCUGACCAAGAAGGUGUAGAGGGCUGGCUAUCUUGCCUGAAGGUUUCGAUCCUGCUGUGGUCCUGCUGCCUGCUGGGAGUGGUGACAGCACUCCUGGGAAUCAUUAUACUCGCUAGUGCGGUCUCGCUGCUGGAACACUUGCCACCCAACACCUGCACCUCGUCACAGUGUUACAAAGCAGCUGGCAACAUCCUGAGCUCCCUGCAAGAAGAUGUAUCUCCAUGUGAUGACUUUGCUGAGUUCGCUUGUGGAGGAUGGCAGAAGGAACACCCACUCCCAGAGUCCAAGUUCCGCUGGGGGAUCUUCGACGACCUGGAUGAAAAGACGCUGCUGGAUGUGCAAGGUCUGCUGGAGGAGGAUCUGCAGGAAGAUGAACCACAUGUCAUCAAGGUCACCAAGACGGUCUACCAGGCUUGUGUGAAUGAGAGCCAGUGGGAGGAAGCUGGUGCAAUGCCACUUCUCACCCUGCUGAAAAAGGAAGGAGGACUGCCUAUGAUUGAGCCAGAUUGGGAUGAGGAGUUCAAUGUGAUGAGGACACUCUCCAGGAUGAGACGGACGCUUGCCAACCAGCACCUCAUCAGUGUUAUUAUCCAGCCAGACAGCCGAAACACCUCCAAUAACGUGAUUUAUAUGAAUCAAGGGAUGCUAACACUACGGCGGGAGUACUACACUCCUGACACUCCCCUGAGUCGCUACCACAAGGCUGCCCACAUCUCCCUUAUGAAGCAAGCUGGAGAAUUCCUGUUGAAGGCACAGAAGCAGGAGCGAAAUCGGACCUUCCUCAAUAAUCUAUACAGAGACGUGGAGGACCUUUGGGAAUUCAGCGUGAAGGUGGCGGAGAUCACAGAGCAGGUGGAGUUUUUGGACCCGUGGCAGCUGUACAAUCCCACGACGGUGAAAGAAUUACAGGCACUCACUGAUGUCACCAACUCCACCUUCAAAGUAGACUGGCUAAGCUUCCUUAAGGAUAUAUUCAAUGGGACAGGAAUACACUUGACAGAAACACAGCAGCUGGUAGUGGACAGACCUGCCUAUCUGCCCCGUUUGGUGAAUCUUCUGGAGCAUGCACCUGCAAGAACCCUGGCGAACUACCUGCUGUUUCCCGUGGUGCCAGCCAUGGGUGAAGAGAUUAAUGACCAGCUGCCCAACCCCCCUCCAUGCUGCCACCGGGUCCCUGGGAAGGAGAAGCUCAAGGAUAUGGUACGACUGUGCAAAGAAGGUUCGACUUAUGAUCCCCUUUGGCGUUGGAGCGUUGUACGUUCGCCACCACCUGUCCUCCAUUACCCAGAACUUGACGUUGCAGAUGGUGGAGGACGUGUCUGCAGCAUUCAGAGACAUGCUGGUGGAAGCAUCCUGGAUAGACCCUGCAACUCUGAAGGAGGCUCUGCACAAGCUGGAUGAAAUGCAACACUUAGUGGCCUUUCCCCCGCAUGCCCUUAUUGACCAUCUGCUGGAGGAGUACCACCAAGGGAUACCUGAAGUGAAAAAGAACGACCACUUCGGCAACAUGCUGGCACUCACAGCUUGGCAGUGUCAUAAGUCGCUUCUCAAACUCACCUCCCCAGAAUCACAGGACAGCUGGCCUAGGGGACCCCUGGAUAUCAAUGCCUUCUACUCUGCCUUAAGGAAUGCCAUUGUGAUUCCCCAGGGUGUGCUGCAGCCGCCCAUCUUCAUCCCAGAGAAGCUCACAGCUCUCAACUACGGAAGCUUGGGAUCGAUAAUUGGCCAUGAGACGACACAUGGAUUUGACAGCACAGGACGUAUGAGGGAUGCGCAUGGGAAUCUGAAUCACUGGUGGACAAAUACAACCCGCCAGCAGUACAUCAAUAGAACUCAGUGCUUUGUCAAGCAGUAUUCCACCUAUGAUGUGGCGCCACUCCUGCCCCCACACCAGCAGCUGGAUCACGAGUUAAUGAUAAGUGGUGAAAGAACACUGGCUGAGAACAUAGCAGAUAAUGGGGGUCUGAGAGCAGCAUGGGUGGCCUACCAAAGAAGAGUGAAGAAGGACGGGCGGGCCCAUACUCUCUCCCUCCCUGGCCUUCAACAUUUCACCAGUGACCAACUCUUCUUUAUUAGCUUUGCUAAGGUGUGGUGCAACAACAUCACGCCCUUUGCACUGCAGUACAUCCUGAAAGCCGAUGUCCACGUGCCAGGCUACUUCCGAAUACUGGGGGUACUUCGUAACUCCCCAGCCUUUGCUGAGGCCUUCAAGUGCCCCAUUGGUUCCCCGAUGAACCCCAAGGAGAAGUGCUUGCUGUGGUGAAGUAGGGCUGAUGGCAAGAGUGUGGCAGGAAGCAGGUGCUUCUUCUUAUUAUUAUUCAUCAUUGACCUUCUAAACCAAAUUUCUUGUCCUAUCCACUCCUACCCUGAUGAUACCACCCUGCACUUUUCCACAUCUUUUCAUAGACGUCCAAUUCUUCAGGAAGUAAACAUUUCAUGCAGGGAAGCCACAGAAUGCCUGACUUCUGAUCUUUCUAAAAUUUCUGAUUGGGGAAGAGCAAAUUUGGUAUUGUUUAAUACCUCAAAAACUCAAUUCCUCCAUAUAUCAACUCGGCACAACCUUCCAGACAACUAUCCCCUCUUCUUCAGUGACAUUCAACUAUCCCCCUCUUCUACAAUGAACAUCCUUGGUCUGUCCUUUACUUAUAAUCUGAACUGGAAACUUCACAUCUCAGCUUCUAUGAAGUUAGGUAUUCUGAGACUUUUCUGCCAGUUUUUCUCACCCCCCAGCUGCUAACUCUGUACAAGGGCCUUAUCCGUCCAUGUAUGGAGUAUACUUCGCAUGUCUUGGGGGGUUCCACUCAUAUUGCUCUUCUAGACAGGGUGGAAUGAAAAGCUUUUUGUCUCAUCAACUCCUCUUCUCUAAUUGACUGUCUUCAGCCUCUCUCAUCACCGCAAUGUUGCAUCCCUAGCUGUCUUCUACCACUAUUUUUAUGUUAACUGCUCUUCUGAUCUUGCUAACUGCAUGCCUCCCCUCCUCUCGUUGCCUCGCUCACUCCACAACUUUCUUCUUUCUCUCACCCCUAUUCUGUCCACUUCCCUAAUGCAAGAGUUAUCCAGUAUUCUCAAUCAUUCAUCCCUUUCUCUGGUAAACUCUGGAACUCCCUGCCUGCUUCUGUAUUUCCACCUUCCUAUGACUUGAAUGCCUUCAAGAGGGAGGUUUUAAGACACUUAGCUUUCAAUUUUUGACUACCACUUUGGACCCUUUUAUGGGACUGGCAUUUUUUUUUUAUGUAUUUUUGUUACCCUUGGUCAGUGUCCCUCCUACAUUAAGGAGGGGAAAAAAAAAUAAAUAAAAAAAAAAUAAAUAAAUAAUUCACCCAAAAUAAACCCCAAAACAAA